UUGUGUAUGUCUAUAAAAUAAAAAAAAUUUGAAAACACAUCAUAUCUGGAAAUUUAUUUGCUAACCUUCGCAUUGUGCAUAAUUUCUCAGCCAAUCAGAUUAAAGCAAAACUCCUAAUAUAAAAAGCUAUUAACUUAUAGUCUAGUCUACUAACUGUGUAACUAACAUUUUUGCCACUUCGCUUUUCCAGUUGGCAACGUGUCGCUUAACCUCCGCUAGCUAUUCUCUACUAUCUGAGUUACAAUGGCAUGUCUAAAAUUGUGGGGCAUGUUUAGCACCCGUAGUAUUCUAUCAUUUAUGAAGCUAUGUGCUGAGGAAUUCAUCAUCCAAAAUUAUGUUUAACUUUCAAGCUGGGCUGUGCUUCUUCCAAAAUUCCAACUGGUUAUUCCACUGUGCAGCAGUUUUUCCGGCCAUGACUGAAAGUGAAUUGUUUUUAUCUCCCACCAAAAUUAUAAUAUUACAUAUAUGUAAAGUUCUAUUAUGUAGAUAUUGAAUUUCACUCUUAUUUUAAAUAAAUUGCUGACAAAGUUGUAUUAGCAGUAGAAGCGGCAGAGCAGUCAUUUUGACUGCUUUUAUCAUUUCACCUUGGAUUCCAAAAAAAAAAAAAAAAAAAAAAAACUAUCUUAAGAAGUCACAAAUUUUUAUAUUUUCCUAAAAACCUCAAAAAUUAUUUGUACCAAAUAAAAUUAACAAAGAUAUUAUUAGUUAUACCUAAAAGUGCCACGAGCAGUCAUAUUGACUCCUAGUAAUACUGGGUAGAUUACUUUUUCUUCGAAAAAUAUCUGGUGUACGCAUUCCUUUCAUUCACUGAUUUUAUACAAUAUAUAGUAUAUACUUCAUUUCCACUCAGAAAACACCUUUUGAUGAAAAACAUCUGGCUUACACAUUCCUUUUCAUUCACUAUUUAUUUACAGUGGGAAAUACUUUCCCACCUCCAUGUCAACGGCCCACCCCUUUUUGGCGAAAUGUUAUAGUCAUUAGUAUGCAGUAGUUGAUCAGUUUAUGUUUUGUAGCAUUUCAUUCUUUCAAGCAUGUUGUAUAGGCAGCUCAAAGACUGUGAUAUCUGAGUCCAGCUGAAAAUGAAUCCCAAUGUUGAAGAACAUAAUAUUGAUGAUGAUAUGGAUUACGAGCCUCUACAAAACUUUGAGGGAAAUAAUAGUUCUAGUGAUUCUGAAGAGCAAUCGGUGGGCCAAAGUUUUCAGCCUAUCGAUAUUUACGCAGCAAGUAUUUCGUCAUCGAUAAUUGUGGCAUGCACAUUGGCUGAAACAGGUUCCGCUAAUGUACAAAGAAGAGGAUCAAAGAGAAAACAUAAUUUACCUAAUUUAGGAUACACACAGGCAAGAGGAUAUCUUUUCCAAAACCAUGAAGAAAGCUCUAAUGUCUCGAAAGAUGAACCCAUUGACUGUGACAUCAACUUCACAAAAUACAGCUGGGAAAUAUGGAGCUCAAAAUGUGCUAAAAGAAAUGCUGGGUUCAACAUCUUCUGCAAAAAGAAAUGUUGGGAGCAAUCUUUUGAGUGCUUGUGGAUGAAUCGAUGUUACAGCAUAUUAAAAACUACACAGAAGCAGAGGCAGUUUUGAACAAUGAAGAAAAUUGGACAGAGUCUUUAGAAGAGCUUGAUGCUUUUAUUGUUAUUAUUUGUGCAAGAAGAGCAUAUGGUUGCAAUAAUAUGGAUUAUGAUUUUUUGUCGAAUAAUACAUGGGAUCCUCCUUUUUUUCAAGAAACAAUGUCUCGCAAUCAUUUUCGAGAUAUCAUGAAGUAUCUAAGAUUUGACUUGAAGUAAACUAGGACUCAGUGUUUAGAAAGUGGUAAGUUUGCACGUUUUUCAGAUAUUUGGAAUAAAAUUUUUAUACAUAACUGUGUGAUUUCUUAUAAACCAAAAGAAAAUCUCAUUGUGGAUGAGCAGUUAUUUCCAUCCAAAGCCAAGUGUAAGUUUAUAUAGUAUAUGCUGAAUAAACCAGACAAAUUUGGUAGUGCUAGUCAGUGUAGACUCGAAAUUUAUGUGGAAUGCUUUUCCAUAUCUUGGAAAACAUGCAUCAAGAAGUGAAACUGAAAGUCUUCCUGAAAAUUUAGUAAUGCGUCUUUUAAGACAUUAUCUGAAUUCAGGUAGAAAUUUAACUGCAGACAAUUAUUUUUCCUCACUAUCAUUAGCUAAAAGACUUAAAAUGAAAAACACAGGUUUUGUGGGCACAGUAAAAAUACACCAAAAAGAAAUUCCGCAUGAAGUAAGAAAAUAAAAAAACCUGGCUAUUUGAAACCAUUUUGCUAAAACAUUAUGAAACUACAUUGACAGUCUAUCAGGAAAAAAGGGAAAAAAUGUCCUAUUACUAAGUACUUUACAUCCGAGUACAAAUUUAGACUCACAAAAUAAGAAGAAACUUCCAGAAACAGUAGAGUUCUACAACAAAAACCAAAUGUGAAGUUGAUAUCCUUGACCAGAUGACACAUAAAUAUUCUGUUCGGGCUGCUUCACGUAGAUGGCCUGUGCAUGUUUUCUAUAAUAUGCUGGAUUUAGCAGGAACGAAUGCCUACGAUAUCUGCCAUAAAUUGAGUGAUAAAAAUAUUACAAAGCACAGCUUCCUAUUUCAAUUAGCAGAUGAGUUAAGAGAGUUUCAUUUAAACAAAAGAAAAAGCACAAGAUUGCCCCAGGAAAUUUUCAAUUCUAGCAAUAGACUCUCGAAGAAAAGACGUUAGUGCCAGACUGGACUUAGUAACAACAAACAAAACAAGUAAUGUAGGUAAAAAAUGUUCAUAUUAUGUAUGUGGAAAAUGCACUUCCAGUACUAAAAAAGCUGUGUUGUGUAAAAAUUGCGGGUACUAUUCCGUUUUGUGGACCGUAAAAAAUUGCAGCAAAAAUGUAUGUGCAAAAGCGCCAAAUCUAGCAAAUGCACCCAUUUAACAGCGUGCCAAAUCUAGCGUACACAC